AUAUAACCAGUUUAAAAGAUGACUUUGAAGGUGAAGGUGUUUGUUUUGUUAGUUGUGACUACGUUUGUUCUCACUCAAGGACGAGAAGUAGGUCAAUCUUGUACGCUUAAAAACGGCAUUGAAGGAAUAUGUGAAGCUGUUCAAAACUGUGAAUCGGCAAAAAAAGACCUUAUAAGUAAGGUAACACCAGUUCCUUGUGGAUUUAAUAGCAGCACACCAAUAGUUUGUUGUGAAAAACAAAGUUUGGCGAAAACUCCAAGGAUUAGUGAAAAAAAGUGUAACGAAUAUCGUCGUUUGGAGACAUUUUACGAAGACAAAAUCAUCGGUGGUGGAGUUGAUGCGAAUCCAAAAGAAUUUCCUCAUAUGUCACUUUUAGGGUAUGGAAAAAAUGCUUCUAUAGAAUUCCAAUGUGGUGGAAGUUUAAUCAGUGAACAAUUUGUUUUAACGGCAGCUCAUUGCUUGGAAUCAAGAGAAUUAGGACCAGUAAAAGUAGUUCGGAUCGGCGAUUUAGAUACCGCAACAGAUAAAGAUGACGCAGACCCACAAGAAUUUUUAGUUAUCAAUACCUAUUCUCAUCCUAAUUAUACCACAGAUUCAUUUUAUAACGAUAUAGCAAUUCUUAAAUUAAAUAAACCAGUACAAAUCACGACUUAUGCUAAACCGGCUUGUUUACAAUCAGAAUUUGAGUUUAAAGAUCGAUUAACAGUCACUGGUUGGGGUGCUUUAUUUUACGGAGGCGAGAUGUAUAAUAAACUACAAAAAUUGGAUCUUAUGAAUUUAGAAAAAGAAAAGUGUUUACCGACUUACAAACCACAAAAGAAACUUCUCAAUGGAAUCGAGACUAACUCCCAAAUUUGCGGCGGUAACCCAGGAAAAAGUGUCGAUACUUGUCAAGGAGACUCGGGAGGUCCUCUUCAGUAUCUAAUUCAAUUCAAUCCACCUGUUCAUAAAAUAGUUGGGGUUACUUCUUUUGGGAUUCAUUGUAAUUUGGUGCCAGGUAUUUAUACGAGAGUUUCUAAAUAUAUUUCUUGGAUUGAAUCAAUUGUUUGGCCGAAUUUAAAUUAGAUGAUAAUAAAAUUUUCUUUUUAUAAUA